ACGAGAAAUAAGUUUGAGAAUUUGAAAAGAAGUUUGUGACAGUGAAGGCGGUCCCGUGCUGUAGGGGGAUGGUAGGCUGGUACACACUACACACAGGAGGAACCUGUGGCUUGUCUGUUUUGCCUCGAGUUUUCUAAAGCAUGUCGGAGUUUCACAAUGACGUGCUUGAAGGAAUCUACAGCCCCGUGAAUUGAUUUUAUUUCUGGAAGUUUGUGAAGACAAUCUUUUGACCAUGUGGACGUUAAGUUUGUGUUUGUUGGUGCAAAGUUUCAUCAGUUGUGUUUCUUUUGACGGGAGUCACAUGACCACAGGAUUAGCUGCUUCAGAUGGCGUUUGUUUAUUUGUGGCAGGCCGAGAUGGUGACACAAGGCACAUGUCUCACCCUGGCGGUGGUGACACAAGACAGAUGUCUCACCCUGGGGGUGGUGACACAAGGCAGAUGUCUCACCCUGGUGGUGGUGACACAAGACAGAUGUCUCACCCUGGGGGUGGUGACACAAGGCACAUGUCUCACCCUGGCGGUGGUGACACAAGGAAGAUGUCACACCCUGAAGGUUUGAACUCAACCCACUGGCCGUUGGGUCGUGGUGAGUUUGGCAGCACUGAUCAUGACGUCAUAGGUUUCACCGUCUUUGAGAAGGAUGUGAUCAUCCCAAGCUCUGACGUCAUGAUAAAUGUGGAUAUCCUACACGAUCUGCCAGUAUUUUUGGAGCUUCACGAAAGUGGCGACCCAGAGACGUUCACCGUGCGAGUAGAAGCGGGUAUCAAGGGAAGUGACCGCGCCGAACAUGGGUUGAUGUUUGAUUUCAUUGUUACGUCCCUUGGAUUGGUAACUACUGUAAAAGUCCAUUUGAGAUACUCCAAUGAUGGAUAUCAUCCCUUAAAGUUGGAUACCUCAUGGAUACAGGAUACAUGGAUUACAUGGAUACUUUUACUUGGGAUCUGGAUAAUUGGAUAUAUGGGUUACAAGAAGUUCUGGAAACACGACAACCGCAGUACUUACAAAGGCCUGACGUCACAACUCCCCACACCACAGGAUCGGAUCCUCCACACGCCGGAAGUUGGAGGUCAAGUUUUAAAGUGUAUGGACGUCUGCCCAACAGGAAGUGGCCAGGACAGAGCGAAACAAAACGGGAAUGGCACUUGUCAAAGGGAAGAAACUCGUGAAAGGAAGGGAGACAAUACAAAGAAUGCUAAGCAAGGAUUAAUAUCGCCACAAACAAGGAGAGAAGUCGAGAAUUUAAAUUCGGCCGAACGGGACACUAUGACCAAGGUUCCUGGCCAAGUGACCUUUGACCCAGAUGACCUGACGAAUGAAAGGUCAGACCAAACGAGCCAGCGUGUGACCCUGACCCCGGGGCGCCAGUGGAAGGGGCGCCGGUGCCUGAGGGUGGUGCCGCUCCUGGCCUUCAGCUCCCUGCUACUGGUCUCUGUGGCCUUGGGCUUGUCCAGGCUCAAGGUCAAGCCCACCGUCCACGUGACCUUUCCCUCCAGCAAUAUCAUCAGACAAGUUCGAAUGUUCAGCCAGUUCCCAGACUUGUCGGAACUUUCAAAAAACCAUUCCAGUCUCUCGUUGGUCUCUAGGCUACAGCUACUGGGUAAACCUUGA